AUGAAUGGGGAUGACAUGGUUCCAGGACUUCCGCUGAUGGAUGAGAGAGCCAUCAUCUUGGCUAUCAUUUUAUUCCUUUUGUGCCUGGUGGCAUUGGUAGGCAACGGCUUCAUCACUGCAGUACUUGGCAUGGAGUGGUGGCUACGCAGGACGUUGUCACCUUGCGAUCAGUUAUUGGUCAGCCUGGGGGCCUCUCGCUUCUGUCUGCAGUGGGUGGUGGUCAGUAAGAGCACUUACGUCUUCCUGUAUCCAAAGGCCUUCCCGUACAACCCUGUACUCCAGCUCCUAGCUUUCCAGUGGGACUUCUGGAAUGCUGCCACCUUAUGGGUUUCCAGCUGGCUGAGUGUCUUCUAUUGCGUGAAAAUUGCCACCCUCACGCACCCUGUCUUCCUCCGGCUAAAGCGGAAGGUGCCUGGGCUGGUUCCACGGAUGUUGCUCAGCUCGGUGGGGUUCUCCAGCUUGAGCACCAUCUUGUUUUGCACGGGCAACCACAGCAUUUACCAGAACUAUUUACGAAGAGGUCCGCAAUCUUGGAAUCUCACUGGGGAUGCUGUCAGGAGAACAUAUGAGAAAUUCUACUUCUUCCCUCUAAAAAUUGUCACCUGGACACUCCCUACCACGGUCUUCCUUGUUGGCAUGGUUUUGCUCAUCACAUCUCUGGGAAGACAUGCCAAGAAGAGCUUCCUGUCCACCUCUGGUUCUCGCGACCCCAGGUCUCAGGCACACAUCAAGGCUCUCCUGGCCAUCACCUCCUUUACCAUCCUUUUUACCUCCUCUUUUCUGUCACUGAUGCUCAACGCCGCAGGUGUUUUCCCAUCUCAGGAAUUCAAGUACUGGGUGUGGCAGGCAGGCAUUUAUCUAUGCACAGCGGUCCACCCCAUCAUUCUGCUCAUGAGCAACCCCAGGCUGAGAGCUGUGCUGGCGAGGGGCUGCUUCUUACCACGUGGGGCAUCUUGA